AGCCUGGUCUGGUGGAAGGUGUCCCUGCCCACGGCAGGGGGGUUGGGACUGCAUGAUCUUUGGAGGUUCAUUCCAAUCCAAACCAUUCUGUGAUGUUUCAAAAAGUCACUAAGCAAAUAAUGGAGUUGUCCAUUUUCGACUGUGUUACAAUGAUUAGCUAUCAGAAAAAAAAAAAAAAAUAUCCUGAGGCAAAAUAUAUGUGUUCAUAAGAAAACAACCACACGUGCCAGAUGAAUCUAUUUUAUCUGAUGAAAAAAUGUGAACAAACUUGAUACUUCAAUUGUAUUACGCUACAAGUACUUACCAUUUUAGCCUUGGGUGUAUCUUGUAAAACAACCUUUAAAUUGUUGUACCUGUUAGUGAUCUUUAUGCAUGGAUAAGACCAGAACACAGUUGCUUUUCCUCCACAGCAGACACACUGUCAUUCUUUUAUUUUUACAUUCUCAGUAGUAAAAAAGUUUCAUGAGUUUCUUUUUGAUGCUAUGCUAGAGAUAGCUCAGUAACGUCAGAGUUUACCAUGAGCAAGUGAGAAAUAGCAUAAACUGUAAUAAGCUGUUAGCAAUUAUGCACUUUAGUAAUUUCAAAACCCAUGAAAGUUAUCUUUAAAUAGUCUUUUAAAAUGUCAUACUUUUAUUUAUCUAUAGAACAUUUUCAGUGGGGUCAUCAUAAUGCCUGUAGGAAGCUGGCCAGCUAAAAAUACAUUAAGAUUAUUUACACUGUAUUUUACAUCACAAAUAUCUGCUCUGUGUUCUCUCUCACCAGCAUACUCCACUGAACUGGUACUUACCGUAUGGUAGAUAGGUGGGAUAAGACCAUAUUUAAAUAUCAGAAGAUUAUGUAUACAAUCUAUGAUUUCACUAGAAUAGAGUAGAGCUAUUCAGAGAGUAUAUCUAAAACAUAACAUUUUGUGUUUUAAGUUUGUAAGAAACAAAUAAAGUCUUCCCAUUUUUAAUUUUUAUCCCUCUGUCCCGGUUUUGGUUGGGACAGAGUUAAUUUUCCUCCUAGUAGCUGGUGCAGUGCUGCGUUUUGGAUUUAGUGUGAGAAUGAUGCUGAUAACACACUGAUGUUUUAGUCAUUGCUGAGUAGCCUUAACCCAAGUGAAGGACGUUUCAGUUUCCCGUGCUGUGCCAGCGAGGAGAUGCCCCAGAGGCUGGGAGGGAGCACGGCCAGGACGGCUGACCCGCACUAGCCACAGGGAUAUGCCAGCCCAUAGGCCCUCAUGCUCAGGAGAUAAACGGGGGGGAGCUGGUCGGGGGGGCUGAUCGCUGCUCCGGCAUCGGUCAGCGGGUGGUGAGCAAUUGCAUUUUGCAUCACUUGCCUUUACUUGGGUUUCAUUUCUCGCUCUUUCAGUUUUUCAUCAUUUGUUUCUUCUAUUUCAGCUCUCCACUCAAACUGCCAGCAUAACCCGAGGCGCAGCAAGGCCCACUUCUCUCUUGAUUUUAGCACGCAGCUCCCCAACCUGCCUCCUCGGCAGCUUGCAGCCCGUCACCAGCGCAACACCGCACAGCUCCCGGGAAGCGGUCCGCACUCCUCCUCCCCUUACAGCCUGCGCAAGCUGAAUGGAAAUUUCCAGGGAGAUGCCUACCGUCUGUCCCUAAAACUUUGGGAGCCUGCCUGGGGAGGGCGGGCGCUCGCCGCCAUUCGGAGCCCCCACCCGGCCCCAGCCCCUGCGCGACCGCCGGCACCGGCGGAUUCCGCGCCCGUCGCGCCUCUUCCGCUGCGAGGCUUUCCAGCGUGCACCGCCCCUCGCCGCCCGACCCCUAAGAAUCUUCUCCCUGUACGUAAAUAAAGAAAGAACCGGGGCUGGACCCUGCACCCGCAGCACGUUUUUUUCAACCCUGAAGCCUGCGAGCCGGCGCCGCCACAAGACGACGCGAAGGGAGAGCUUCUCCUGAGAGCUCUCCCUUCUUCCUUUUUUUCCCCUCAGCGGCCGGGGUUUCCUCAGGCUGAACCCCACCCUGUCCCCUGGGCUUGCCCAGCGCCCCGUGUCCUGCCUCACGGAGCCCACGCCACGGCUGCUGCUGACGGGGAAGGCGGGUCCCCGCUGCAGCGUCUCCCACCGACCCCGCUCCCCCACGGCGCCUCCCCACGCCCCCCCAUUCCUUCCCCCCGUUCUCCACCCCGCCCGCCGCCGCCGCCGCCGUCCCCUCACGCCCUCUACCGACUUUCCGGCGGCGGGAGGCGCAAUGCGGAAGGGACGGCGGGGCCGGGGAGGAAGUGAGGUCCCGCCGGCUCCCGCGGCACGGAGCGGAGCGGGCGGCCGUUGGUGGCAGGUGGCGCGGCCGGACUGCCUCUGGUAAAGGCAAAAUGGCUUUCAGUAAAGGAUACCGUGUCUAUCACAAGCUGGAUCCGCUUCCAUUCAGUGUGAUAGUGGAAACCAGAAACAGAGAAGAAUGUCUCAUGUUUGAAUCUGGAGCUGUGGCUGUCCUCUCUUCUGCAGAAAAAGACACAAUCAAGAAUACCUACUCCAAAGUAAUGGAUGCAUAUGGGCUCUUGGGUGUAUUAAGAUUAAACCUUGGAGACACAUUGUUACAUUAUCUGGUUCUAGUAACAGGAUGCAUGUCUGUGGGAAAGAUUCAAGACUCUGAAGUUUUUCGAGUUACCUCCACUGAAUUUGUAUCAUUACGAAUUGAUUCAACAGAUGAAGAUCGUAUUUCAGAAGUGCGCAAAGUUUUGAACUCAGGAAACUUUUAUUUUGCAUGGUCUGCAACUGGUGUCAGUUUAGAUCUUAGUCUCAAUGCUCACCGCAGCAUGCAGGAGCACACCACUGACAAUAGGUUUUUCUGGAACCAGUCACUGCAUUUACAUCUGAAGCACUAUGGUGUGAACUGUGAUGACUGGUUGUUACGUCUCAUGUGUGGAGGAGUGGAGAUAAGAACAAUUUAUGCAGCUCACAAGCAGGCAAAGGCUUGUCUCAUUUCACGACUAAGCUGUGAACGGGCUGGCACCAGAUUUAAUGUCCGGGGAACAAAUGAUGACGGUCAUGUUGCUAAUUUUGUUGAAACAGAGCAGGUGAUAUUUUUAGAUGACUCUGUGUCAUCUUUCAUACAGAUUCGAGGAUCUGUUCCAUUAUUUUGGGAACAGCCAGGCCUGCAGGUGGGAUCCCAUCGUGUCAGAAUGUCAAGGGGUUUUGAGGCGAAUGCACCAGCUUUUGACAGGCAUUUCCAAACUCUUAAAAAUUUAUAUGGCAAGCAAAUUAUUGUAAAUUUACUUGGGGCAAAAGAAGGGGAGCACAUGCUCAGCAAAGCUUUUCAGAACCAUUUGAAAGCAUCUGAACAUUCAGCUGAUAUCAAAAUGGUCAACUUUGACUAUCAUCAAAUGGUUAAAGGUGGAAAGGCAGAAAAACUACACAGUGUGCUUAAACCUCAAGUCCAGAAAUUUUUAGAGUGUGGAUUUUUUUAUUUUGAUGGAAAGGAAGUUAAAAGAUCUCAAAGUGGUACUGUCAGAACAAACUGCUUGGACUGUCUGGAUAGAACAAACAGUGUGCAGGCUUUCUUUGGCUUAGAGAUGCUAACAAAACAACUGGAGGUAUUAGGACUAGCUGAGAAGCCUCAGUUGGUUACUCGCUUUCAGGAAGUUUUUCGAUCCAUGUGGUCUGUGAAUGGUGAUUCUGUCAGUAAAAUUUAUGCUGGAACUGGAGCCCUUGAAGGAAAAGCUAAGGCUGGAAAGCUGAAGGAUGGUGCUCGUUCUGUGACCAGAACGAUUCAAAAUAACUUUUUUGAUAGCUCCAAGCAGGAGGCCAUUGAUGUUUUGUUAUUGGGAAAUACCCUAAAUAGUGAUUUAGCAGAUAAAGCACGGGCUCUCUUAACCACCAGCAGUUUACGCGUUUCAGAGCAAUCAUUACAAUCAGCAUCUGUAAAAGUGCUAAAGAGUAUGUGUGAAAACUUUUAUAAGUAUGCAAAGCCGAAAAAAAUUAGAGUCUGCGUCGGGACGUGGAACGUCAAUGGGGGGAAGCAGUUUCGAAGUAUUGCCUUUAGAAAUCAGACCCUCACUGACUGGCUUCUAGAUGCACCAAAGUUAGCUGGUAUUCAUGAAUUCCAAGAUCGCAAAAGCAAGCCUGUAGACAUAUUUGCCAUUGGAUUUGAAGAAAUGGUGGAGUUAAAUGCAGGAAACAUUGUGAAUGCCAGCACAACCAAUCAGAAGCUCUGGGCUGCUGAACUGCAGAAGACUAUAUCAAGAGAUUACAAGUAUGUGCUGCUGGCUUCUGAGCAGUUGGUGGGCGUCUGCCUUUUUGUGUUCAUCAGGCCCCAGCAUGCUCCUUUUAUCAGGGAUGUUGCUGUUGAUACUGUAAAGACUGGGAUGGGAGGAGCCACUGGUAAUAAAGGUGCAGUAGCAAUUCGGAUGUUGUUUCAUACAUCCAGUCUUUGCUUUGUCUGCAGUCAUUUUGCUGCAGGUCAAUCACAAGUUAAAGAGAGAAAUGAAGACUUCGUAGAAAUAGCUCGCAAGCUUGGUUUUCCAAUGGGAAGGAUGCUCUUUUCCCAUGACUAUAUCUUUUGGUGUGGUGACUUUAAUUAUCGAAUAGAUAUUCCAAACGAGGAGGUUAAGGACCUAAUACGACAACAGAACUGGGAUCCCCUUAUUGCAGGAGACCAACUUAUCAAUCAGAAAAAUUCUGGACAGAUUUUUAGGGGAUUUUUGGAAGGGAAAAUAAAUUUUGCUCCUACAUACAAAUAUGAUCUGUUUUCUGAUGACUAUGACACCAGUGAAAAAUGUCGCACACCGGCCUGGACAGAUCGUAUUCUUUGGAGGAGAAGAAAAUGGCCUUUUGACCGAUCAGCCGAAGACCUGGACCUUCUGAAUGCUAGUUUUCAUGAUGACAGUAAUGUCCCUUAUACGUGGAAUCCUGGUACUUUGUUGCACUAUGGAAGAGCAGAGCUGAAAACAUCUGAUCAUAGGCCUGUGGUUGCACUGAUUGACAUCGAUAUAUUUGAAAUUGAAGCGGAAGAGAGACAAAAAGUUUAUAAGGAGGUGAUCGCAAUGCAAGGACCACCUGAUGGUACUGUAAUGGUCUCCAUCAGAAGUUCUUCAGCAGAAGAAAACUAUUUUGGUGAUAACUUGAUUGAUGAUCUUCUUCAAAAAUUUGCAAGCUAUGGUGAAGUUAUACUUAUAAGGUUCGUGGAAGACAAGAUGUGGGUAACAUUUUUGGAAGGAAGCUCUGCUUUGAAUGCUAUGAAUUUGAAUGGUACUGAGCUACAAGGAAGGACUAUAAAUAUAAGCUUGAAAAAUCCCGAUUGGAUCAGAAGUCUGGAAGAUGAAAUGAAUCUAGAGAAGAUUAAUAUUGGGCUGCCUUCAUCGACAAGCUCCACUUUACUUUGCGAAGAUGCUGAGGUUACUGCAGACUAUGAUAUGGAAGGAGACAUUGAUGACUAUAGUGCUGAAGUAGAAGAAAUCCUUCCUCAGCAUCUACAGCCGACUUCAAGCUCUGGUCUUGGAACCUCCCCAAGCUCCUCACCACGUUCCAGUCCCUGUCAAUCCCCUACGCUGUCAGAUGGACCUGCGCUCCCAGUGAGACCAAGCCGAGCACCAACAAAAGCUCCUGGACCACCUGUUUCUACACACACUGAAUUUCAGCUUGGUCCCCAGCAGAAAGAGCCUUCUCAGAGCUUGGAGCCUAAGCGUCCUCCACCACCUCGCCCCGUUGCUCCUCCUGCACGCCCUGCCCCACCACAGAGGCCGCCUCCGCCAUCAGGCGGUAGGAGUCCUGCACCUGCUAGAAAAGAAUUUGGAGGUCUUGGAGCUCCUCCCAGUCCUGGGGUAGCUAGGAGAGAAGUAGAAGUUCGUAGUCAGCCUCCACCUUCAACUGGAAUAUCAAGCACAGGAACUGCUGGAUAUGGUACAACCAGACCGACUGUUCCACCUCGAGCUGGAGUUAUUAGUGCACCACAAAGCCAUGUCCGUCCCUCUGGGGGAAGACCAGCACCCGAAACUCAGACCAAACCAGCUGAACCACCAAGGGGCUCACCGUUGCUUCCUGAACCACUAAAGCCUCAGGCUGCUGGACCAGCUCAGCCACCACCUGCGCUAAGGAUGCAGGAGCCUCUGAUACCUGUGGCAUCACACCCAUCUCAGACAAGUGCCCCACAGAGUCUGGAACCCCCACAGCCGCCGCCUCGUAGUCGAUCAUCUCACAGUUUGCCUUCUGAAUCUGCUCCUUCACAGAAGCAGAUUAAAACAAAUGGAACAUACGGCACUAAACUUGAAACACAGUUAAACAGUGACCCUUUUGAAGAUUUGUCAUUUAAGCUGCUUGUGUCAAAGAUGCAGAGGUCUGUUCGAACAUCACCUGUUCCGACUUUAAACCAAAAGGAGUUGAUGCAGUUGCCUUCAGCAACACAAAGAAAUACUGAUGCUCUGAAUACUGUAAAUUGCAUGCCAGCAAUGCCUCCUAUUCCAACCUUUAACACAUCGCAGGAACAUAAGCGCAGCUCUCCAAAUCCAUUUAUUACUGGUCUGAACUGCACGAAUCCAUUCACUGAAAGAACUCCUAAUGCUGGAAACCCAUUUAGAACGGAAACACAAGAGUCUGAAAUAACUUCACAUUUACUAGAAGGACGUGCCGCUUGCAAUCCUUUCCCUUCUCUAAAUCCCCCCAGCUGUAAUACAAGCAAGCCUGUAUUUUCUGUUGAUGCAUCUGAAAACACUUCUUGCUUGCGAAGUAAAUCUCUCAUGGUAAAAAACAUACAGCCAAAAGGAUGGGUAACAUUUGAGGAGGAGGAGGAGAAUUUCCAUGUAAAGCUAAAGCCAUUUAAAAGUGUUCCAGAUUUUAAGCAACUCAGUUCCAGGAGGUCAGCUGGAUCUCCAGAUUUGCUGGACACUGAGCAAAAGACUUUUCUAGGUUCAGACUUCAACUUUGAUAAUGACUGGAAUAAAAGCUCUACUGAUUGCUUCUAUACAAUGCCAGCAAGAAGACCACCUGCACCUCCUAUACCAUCACGAAUAACCAGCAACAGGUCCCCCACAGAUCCUUUCACUUCUUUGGCACCUAAGGUGUCACCAACACAAGAUUUUACAGAAAGAUAGAUGUUCAAAAAUAUAAGAGGCUAUAUUUGUUGCUACAUUUAUCCAGUAGAAUAAUUGGGCAUUUGAGAUUAUUCUGUGUGCAAUAAUUAAUUGUCAAAUGCACUGAAAUUUAACUCUACUCAUAAACAGCCACUAUUGUUUGUGUAUAAAUUUUGAAUAUGUAUAUAUGGUAGAGCACAAAAAAUUGUCUGCAAUUUAUUAAAAUCCCGAUGUAAUAGUAUUUGAAUAGACAGAGAAAAAAAAGGAUGAGCUACUAAUCUCAUUAAAAUAUACCAAUCUUGGAAAUAGUUUUUGCUUAGGGAGCACUCUCAUUUCUGUUCCCCUUCAUGGAAUUUCAAAAAUAGAGUCUCCCUGCUGGUAGCCUCCCCACUCCCUUUUUGCUGUUUUGUUAAUUGAUAUUUAUAAGUAUUUACCAAAGAGCUGCCAAAGUUUAUUGAGAUUUGAAUGUUGACAAGUAUUGUUUAGAAGUUGUUUAAUUUAUAACAGAAGCUAUGGAUAUUUGUAAGGCUUAUAUUUGAAUUUGAAGCACAACAAAAAAUAGUUUAAUUUCAAAAUACAAACAAAACUUUGCGUAUUAAUAUAUUCAAUAUUUGACUUUAAUUUUCUGUGUCAGUACAUUUCAGCUAUUAAAUCUUAUUGUGACAUGUACUCACUAGCAUUACUUCAGAAUAGUUGUUCCACAUCAUCCAUUUAUUCAUCACUAUUUAAAAGAUACUUUUUUCCACAAAUCAGAAACAACUGAUACAACACAUUUUCCCCUCAACAUCUGGAAAAAAAUUCCCCUUGGGUUUUGGAAUACAAAGCAGUCUUUACCAGUUGCAGACAACAUAUUGGGGUGGGCUUGUCCCACUCUUCUCUUUUGCACGUUGGAAGGGCUUUCUUGUCCUAUAGAAAGACCUGAGUGAAGGGAUCAGCAGCCAAGUUACAGCAUCAGAGAAAGAGAAAGUCAUCUUAGGUGAUUGGGCUGUCUGCUCGGCAUCCUCCCCAGCUACUAGACUUACUGCUGUAUUUUUAAAAUCUUGCUUUCAAAGAAAACAGGAGAACAGUAAUUCUCUGAGCUGAACAGUCACCUUUGUGGUUAAUUCUGUCACUUCUGCAGUUAAAACUAAAUGAGUAACAACUCUUCAUCCAGAGACAGGGACCAUCCUCUGUGUGGUGCUGCUUUGAGGCUUGUGAAGGUUAAGUCACAGUUCUGCGUAUUACGCCAUAAAAACGCAACUCUUUCUGCUUUUAUGAUUUUUCUCAAGCUCACACGAGAUUACAUAAAAUACAGUAUGUUGUUACCUUGAAGCAAUUUGAAAUAACUGAUUUCCUUAACUCCAUUUAUGAAUGCUAUAAAACCCUGCAGUUCUCCUUACGAUUCGCAGUGUCUUAGGACAUAACUUGUAUAUGCAGCUGCAUACUUUCAUCCAAAGCAAAAUGUGUCACAACAGUGUCGCCUCUCGGGGGACUGCAAAUAUAUAUGCCUACACGCAUUGGCUUACUUGUGAGCAAACUGCACUGGUUCUGCAAAACCAGGGACUGAAACACAGCAUACUAGCAGCGUAUUUAUAUCAGCAAAAUACACAAUGACAGCACUUUCUUUUUUUUUAAGUUCUCAAAUGCUAUCAAAACAUUAUUUAUAAAAUAAUCCACUCUUCCUUUAAACAGUGUAUAUGGUUAGCCAUGAGCUGCAGUUGUAUAGAGGAGUGAGGAUAGUGAGUUUUAUAUUGUGCUUUUUUCUGUUCAGGUCAUUAAACAGUACUUGUGCAUUUUUAACAGCAGUGGUACUGUACUCUUUGUGCUUCAGUAUGUGAAUUACCUUGUUUUAAACUGUUGCUAUAAACAUAUGUGUGAUUGGUGUUUUGGUAUAUUCUUACAUUAGCAAAACAAUUUUUGGGGGGAAACUUUUUGCUAGUGGGAGUUACGUGAUAAAUAUGUUCUCUGUUGAAUAUUUAAUUACAGUGAUUAAAAACUACUGUUUAAACUAGACCUGGUAUACAGCACCUCUACACUUUACAGGAUUACGGAGAUUGACAGCAACCUACUGCAAGGAUCGCAAGAAAUGCUCCAAAAAUAUAGUGUGUAUGUCUGUGUAUAUAUAGCUAACCGCUGUAACGUGUACUAAUGAAAAUAAUUACUAGCAGAAGUUCUGAAGAUACAAAGAAUUAAAAUUAGAAGCGCUCAAAACUUUUCUCAUGAAUUCUGUGUUCCCUGUGGUAAAUUGCUCUGUUAAAUGUGAGGAUGUUCCUGCUUGUGGCGCACAUAUCUCUCUGGCUGUACCCUGCGCCAGAGCUGCAACAUUCCGUAUCUGCCCGCGGGAAGGCGGUGGUGUAUUCCUGAAAUAAACGUAUCUGCUCUU